AUGACCGACGUGAACGUGUUGCGUUUUGCUUACGAAAAAUCGAGGGCUGAUCUGGAGGUUUGCAUAGGAGUCGUGGAAAACCACUUCCUGAUGUUAGACCUUCUCAGAUCUCAGUACAGAGCCGACAGGCUGGAGAAAACGAAUGAGACGCUGCAGCAGAACAUGCUGUUGAUGUCAGAGGAAUUCCAAAAAGAAAUCAAAAAAUGGAAGGAACUCGAGAAGGAGCAGGAAACCGUACAGAAAAAGCGACAUUCUGCCAAUGAACUUGUCCGCGAACUCAUCAAAGAAAGAAACGAGAUUGCAAAGGACUUCACUCGCAUGAUGGAACAGAGACUGAGACGAAAUGCGAGCAGAACCGAAACGAGCGACUGUAGGGAGGCCCCGCUCGAGGUUGCCGAAAAAACCCAUUUGCCUUCUCGUAUUCCCGUGCCUGUUGCUUAUGCUAGGAAAAGGAAGACGACAAAGGGAUUUGCUUUGUGCGACCCUGACGGGGAGGCAAUUAAUCCUGAUUCUACUGCGAAGAGGGUCAAACGAAGUAAACCGUCUCACAGUCGACCAAAGAUGAAGAAUUUGAGACCUAUGAGAUCAAAGACUACAGUAAAUGAUGCAGGAACGACCAGGAUAGGGAGAAGCCGUUUGAAAAUGACAGACAGUUUGUCUGUUUCCCAAGAAAUCGAGGAAAAAGUUGAUGUAAAAGUUGGUAUCCUGGAAGUGCCACCUCAUGUUGCUAAAGAAUUGAAGCAUGAGAAAUUAACAAAGGAAACUAAAAAGCCAAGAGGUUCAAAACUAAAGGAGCAGCUGAAAGAUGAUGUAAAGGCAGAAAAUAGAGAAGCAUCGUUGUCAGAUAAUGGAUUGCUUGAUUCUAAACGGCCAAUGAAGCAUGAAAUGACGAGAGAGACGAAGUGCAACAGGCCAGAUGAUCAAAGUAAUAAUGAACAAAUGAAGGAAGAAGGAAAGAGGUUACCUAAUCUAGAGUCAUCACAGAUUAAAAAUAUAGCCAUUACAUCAACAAAGCAGACACAGAGAAAACAAACCAAACGUAGAGUUCAAAUUAAACCAAAACGUGCUAGGGAAAGACAAACCAAGGGAAGAGUACAGAAGACGAUUGAAGAACAAACUGUAUUGUUAGACAAGGCAAAAGGCGAUGAUUCCUUAUCACAAUAUCCUGAUGAUUUCUUGGAUGUUGCUAUGGAGACAGACCUUCCACCGACUGAAAGUGACAGAUUAUUUAGUAUAUCUGGUGAUGUACGAGUUGAUGAAUAUCCUGAAGCUGAAGCAGAAGGAUGUUUUAGGAAGGACAGACCACAAAGAAACCAGACCAGGAGCAGACGGAAGGUAGUGGCAAACCCAGAGAAGCCAAGCACCAUACAAAUAGUUAAUAGCGAGAAAGAUGACAGAAAAGAGCAACCUUCACAGAAAAGACAGCAGAGCACUAUUUUACAAUCUGCAAGCCAGUCACAUGAGAACAGUCCUGACGACCAAGAUCUGCAUGUGGAGAAAGAACCAAAGUCAAGAAAGAAGAGGAGGGCAGUUGAACGACAACCCGCUGUAGCAAUUACGGCAGAUACAAACAUGGGCUCAGCAGUUGAUGGUGGAGAUGCUGUUCUGGAUUCAGAUAUGCAGCCAAGUAAACGGAAAGUAGUGAGAGAUGUGACCAGAACCAGGAAGACAGCAACAAACCGGAAGAAGCAAAGAGACAAACCGCCGGUGGAAAGUGAAACAAUGGUCAAUGUAGCUCAAGCUGUAGAGUCACAUCAGGAAUGUACAGUUAAGCAAAGAGCAUUAGAUCCUGACAUAGAUGGAAACUAUUCGCUUGAGGGCAUUCACAGCUCACAUAGGACAAGGACCUUUGCACAGACCAGAGAGCAAAAAGCAACUCAAGCUCAAGUUACUACAGCAACUGUGCAAGAAACACAACUGGUUGUUCCAGAUGACAGUGCACUACAACCCACAGAGACAGGAAUGAUGGAACACCAUACAGCUUCUCGAGGCCCAGUGCAACUUCAGCCGACUGAAAUUUCAUCUGGUUCAUUGCAAGUGGAUUUACACUCUGGCACAGAUACAAAUACAAAAGGUCCCACGGAACAGACGGUGCUUAGGAAAAGAUCUAGAAAUAGGAAGGCAAUACUCGAUCAAGAUAAGCCGAUAAAGAGAAAGAAGAAAACGGUGAGAAGAAAGGAUUUCAAACAGUCUCAGUCUUUGCAGACAGGAGGAGAGUGUUCGGUGGAACAGAUUGUGGCUAAUACAAGUGCAUCCAGCAGCAAAGACCACGCAAUGUCAGGCAACUUGAUCGACGACGGCAACAGUAGAACUAAAUUGUCGACUGUCAAGACAAGAUCCAGACACUCACACGACAAAGGAAUCACAAACAGUAAUUCCAAGUCAGUCACUCAAAUCAGUACUGCAGAUAACAAAACAAAGUUUACUACACCAGAAGAUUAUGGUUCUCGACCCAGUAAAUCCUCAGGAAAACGUAGACUUUUCAGCAGACACAAGCAAUCUCAGUUGAACUUUGAUACAACCAUGGCCGCUACCGAUCGAACACGGACCUCCACUGGUAGGACACUUACGAAGUCAGGGCUGUUUGGAAACCCUGCUUUGUCACAGUUUAUGAGAAACUUUCGACCUCCUCCACUAAGGAAGAGUUAAGUCCUAG